UUGCAUCUGGCAACUUCAUCUAACCACCAUCUUUUUGUCACGAUGCCUCCUAAGAAGCAACCCGAAAAGUCCGGUGCCUCCGGGACCAAACCCGCGGAGAAAAAACCUGCAACCGCUAAAACGCCCGCCGCGGCACCCAAAGCUGCAGCAGCUGCAAGUAGCAGUGCACCGAAACCAGCAGCAUCUGCUAAAACUCCCGCUCCUGCACCUAAAACUGCUGCACCCAAGGCUGCGCCAGCGGCCAAGCCGGCACCUGCUAAAGCAGCAUCCGCUCCGGCGCCCAAGCCUGCUGAAAAGAAAACAACUGCUGUACCAACUGCUAAACCAGGUUCUGCCAAAGCUGCAGCACUGAAAGCUAAGUCAAGUGCAAAACCCUCAGUUAAAAAGGCAGCAGCUGCGUCAAAACCGUCAAAACCUAAACCAGCAGCAGCUAAAUUGAAAAUUGCACCCAAGCCUAAGAAAACUGGAAUCAAGGGGCAAAAGAAAGUUGUUAAACCUGUAGUUAAGGCACUUAAAACUCAAAGAAAGGUUGUCAAAGGAGAACAUGGAAAACGUGUACGUAAGAUCCGCACAUCUGUGCACUUCCGUAGGCCCAAAACAUUUGAGCCUCCAAGAAAUCCUAAAUACCCCAGGAAGUCUCUACCUAAGAGAAAUCGUAUGGAUGCAUACAACAUCAUUAAAUUCCCCUUGACCUCUGAAGCAGCAAUGAAGAAGAUUGAAGACAACAAUACCUUGGUAUUCAUUGUUCAUACAAGCUCUAACAAGCACCACAUCAAAGCUGCUGUCAAGAAACUGUAUGACAUCAAUGUUGCAAAAGUUAACACUCUUAUCAGACCCGAUGGCAAGAAGAAGGCGUAUGUAAGACUCGCAAGAGACUACGAUGCGUUAGAUGUUGCCAAUAAGAUUGGAAUCAUAUAAACAUUGAACAAUAUUUUCUAAGAAUAAAAAAAAUUUAAAUAUGGA